AUGUCAAUAAAGAAGAAUAUUGUUUUGAAUGGACAUCCUGGACAGUGCCAACAACCAGGAAGGGUAAUGCUGGUGAGACGAAGGAAUAUGAUUUCAUCGCAACAGGAUGGCCAGGACUGGUGGAAAAUUGAACCCAAAUACUCUAAUAAAGUUCUAAUUGGAAACUGGCUGGAAGAGAGGAAAAGGUUCAUAAAAGAGACUGGGAAACUCGGCAGCAGCAGCAUAUACAGAACAGACUUCCUUUGCUUCCCAGAUCACAAACCAGACCAAAUGCUAAGGAGAAACAUGAUGGAAAAAUACAGGGGGCUGCCAGUGCAGCACUUCCUCAGCCACCACGAUGAACCAAAAAGCCGAAAUUUAGUAUCGGAGUAUGAUGAUGAGUACAACAGACACGGUUAUAAUCCUGUGCUGCCUCCCCUCCGCUGCUGGAAUGGACGCAAGUUUGCCUGGUUUCCUCAGAAAUCAGAUUUCCCCAUUCUUGAACCACCCACCAAUUAUGGCCUUCUUGAGCUCCUGAUGAAAAAAUGGCACAAGAAAGAAGCUGGAGUGAUGAAGAGUGUCUACACUGUUUCCUAUCAACCCCCACCGAUUUCUGCUUUCAUUACUUAUCAUCUGAGACAAGCUAAACCUCAUGGCCUCUCUUCCAACAAGGAACAUCUCCAAAACAUUAACAGAAUCCUGGACUAUGAAGGGGGUCGGAAACAUCUGCAAGCCAUCGGUCAACUGAUGAGAGACAGAAAAGCAAGGGAUGCCCCUGUGGAAACUGCUUAG